UCUUCACAGACAGUGUUUCUCUCCCGGCAGCAGCAGCAGCAGCAGCAGCAGCAGGAACCGCACCGUGGAGGUGUGUGACAGGGCCGCAGUGACAUGGAGGCGUCUCCUCUCAUGGCCUCAGCUGGAUACGAGUGACACGGUGUCAAGCCAUGGAGAGAUUGGAGGCGACAUCAGAGCUCCAGUCCCGGCUGUCAUCCCUCUCCUUCUCGUCUUUCCCCGGGGUAACAUCCAACCAGUGCGACACCAGCCCGCUGGAAAGUCUCCAGAAUACAGAUCUGUCAAAGAGCCAACCCCAAACAGACGACCAGGCUGACAUGGAGGAAAUCAAGGAGGAUUCGGGGCAGCGUUCAGAGGGUAACGAAGAGGCCCCUGCUGAGCCGGCCCCGGGGGACGGAGGCGAGGAGAACAACAGCACUGGGAGCUGUCAACUCUCCACUGAGAUGAAACCCCAGAUGCCGCCCCUGGAGCCGCCGACAACAUGGACAUCUGCGACACUGAAGGAGCUGAAGGCGAAGCUCCGAUCGGAGCCGGACAGCGUGGUGACGGUGUACCGGGGCGACAUCAUGACGGUUCACAUCCCCACUGUCCCCGAGGCCAAGAAAGUGAGCUGGGAGUUCGCCACAGACGGUUACGACAUUGGCUUUGGCAUCUACUUUGACUGGACUCCUGUCACAAACCGGUCCAUCACGGUGCACAUCAGUGAGUCAAGUGACGACGAGGAUGAAGAGGAGGACCUGGAAGGGCCUGUCAGUAACGGAGACGUGGAGAAGGGCUCCAAAACCCAAACCAACUCAAACCUUGCCGAAAUCUUACCGGUCUAUCGCCAGGACAGUCACUUGUCCGUCUUCGGGGGGAGCCACGAUUUUCCAGGUGAAGGAACCUACCUGCUGAAGUUCGACAACUCAUACUCACUGUGGCGAAAUAAAACGCUUUACUACAGGGUUUAUUACAGUGCCUGAGAUGCCGCUCUAACGUUAAAGAAUGUUACUCCUAUCAACAUUGAAUUAUUUUUGAUUUCGUACUAUGAAAAUGAAGUUAUAAUAUAAAAGGUUAAAUAUAGGCAUAUCUAUUUUUUAUCACUUUUAGCUUGUGUUGCUACAUGUUGAGUCCACAUUAUAUUGUCUGAUAGUUUUGAACGCAGCAUUUGCUCCGACGUCUCGCUGAUAGAUAUUUGAAGAAGUCCUGCGUAUGUGCCAUGUUCCCAUGUUUGCACUGUGCUGCUUGGUCAAGUGCCCGUCAGAAAACUUACAUUGUCUUCAGCUUUAACACUUCUAUGGUAGCAGUGAUCAGGGAAUGCCUGCACAGAAUAUAUCUCACCAGGCUGGUUUCUUCAUCAGCAGCGCUUUAAAAGGAAAAUUGAGGUUUUCUGUUGCGGAUGUGUCUGUGUGCACUUUCUACCGUUACGAUUGUUCCUUUGCUUUGUGGUUGCUGCUUGUGUUUAUCCUCCUGCCCUGCGCUCGUAUACAUUUCUUACAUAUUUGUGUUCAAUUCAACGUAGAAAAACAAUCUGCAGAGACAUGUCCCCUGUCCGUGUUGGUCAAAAAGGUCAUAAGUUGAAUGUCCUUAUGCAACAGUUUCUCAGUUAGCUUUUUAUGACACAAAUAAAAGCCAUCCCUUAUCACAGAAAGCUCUUAUUAUGUAAUAUAGAUUCAAUAUUUACUUUUGCCCCCCCCCUUCUUUAAUUUGCUGUUUCGGAGGUCGGGAGCAGUUGUAAUAUUUAAUCUAGAUGUAUUUUGUGCACAGGUCUAUGUCAGUGAAAAUCAGCGUGUUUGUUUUCGAGACUCCUCAGUGCGUCGGGCAUCACUUCGGAUCCGAUUGUGGUGGAAAAGCUUUGUUUCGUCCUUGUUUUUCAAAUUCAGUGCUUUUACCAUGUUCACUUGUGCAUGUGUUUCCAAAGAUGUCACAGGUUUGGCUGCUAACGCCCUAAACAAUGUAAAGCAACAGGUUUAAAGCAUCCCUUGUUUGCUGUACUGUACCGUUCACUGUAAGUUAUGAUAUUUGUUCCUGAAAUUUAUAUAACACAAUAAAGAAGAGAUUGUCUAGUU